UGAGCCACUUCUUCUCCCCCACGAGCUGAGGCUUUGACCCCCAACAACCUCCCCCGUGCGCCAUUCCCCUCCUACUAAACCAAGUAGGCGAGGAGAGGUGGGAGAUCUGAGGAGCUAGUGAUGAUGGAGAGCCAGCCGCUGCAGGACCCGACGUCCGAGACCCACGGCGCCGCGGCAGACGCCGCCGGAGCUGGAGCUCCCACCGGCGUGGUUCCCGGGAAGGAGUUCACCAAGACCUGCAAGGGCCUCGUCGUCGUGCUCCUCGGCGGCUACGCGCUGCUCCACUUCGUGCCGGCCUCCAUAGACUACCUCGCCAUCGUCCCCGCCAAGACAAUUCCCUAUGUAUGGACUGUAUUCACAGCUGGGUACAUAGAGCAAGUGCUUCCAGGGGCUAUUGGAAGUUCUCUUGGUCUUCUCUUCUGUGGGAAGGAUAUUGAACCAACCUGGGGCCGCAAGGAGUUCUUGAAGUUCAUUAUCUUGAUUAACUCCAUCUGUGGUGUCCUUGCUUUCUGCAUUGCUGUUGCAUUGUACUAUGUCACCGGAAAGGAGAGCUUCCUUGUCACGCCACUUUCUGGCUUCCAUGGUGCCCUUGCUGGCUUUCUGGUAGCCCUGAAGCAACUGUUACCACACCUUGAGCUUCCCAUGUGCUUUUUCUGGAAAAUAAAGGCCAAGUGGAUGCCAUUUUUUGUCAUGUGCUUCUCAACUAUCAUGGCCUUCAUUGUGCCUGAUUCCAUCAACUUCCUGCCAACUUUAUUGUCUGGGAUGUACGUCAGCUGGCUUUACCUGAGAUACUUCCAAAGAAACCCACUAACAGGACUUAAGGGUGAUGCAAGUGAUGACUUCUCCUUCCCGAGCUUGUUCCCAGAUGCCAUGCGACCAGUCACAGACCCAGUUGCUAAUGCAUUCCACCGGAUGUUGUGUGGGAGUUCUAAGCCUUCAGAAUUGGCCCUCCCAGUUACUGAUCCUACCAAGGCAUCUAGAAGAAGGGAGCGUGGCGAGAGGGUUCUUGAGGAAAGGAUGGCUGCUGAUCAUGCAGCUGAUACAGAAGCCCCAGCUCACAGCGCGGAAGAUUAAGAGCUUUCCGCUUCCCUACACUGUCAUAGUAACCACGGCCGCCUGCCUCCGUGCUUUGUAUCUCUCCAGAUUUGUGUUCUGCAGAGCGCAUUCAUUUUACAGUGGACUGAUGAUAUGCUAUAUUUUACUUGCCCCCUUUUGUUUCUUUGUUUUGCGGAUAUCCAUUGGUUACAUUGUGUUGUAGAAGAAAGAAGAAAAGGGUCACAUCCCCUGCCCCAAAUGUUGUAAUGUAGAAAGAAUGACUUGUUCAGGAAGAAUAUUAUGUAUUAUUCUAAGUGAAAUGUGAUUUUGAGUAAAACCACAA